AUGAGACGACCUCACGCCGCCGCCGCUACCGCUCUCGCUGUCCUCCUCCUCCUGUGCCUGGCCGUCGCGUUGAUCCACGGCAACGGCCUGGCGAGGAGGAGGCCAACGACAACGAGGUGGCCCGCCGUCCCGAGGAAGAUGCUGCUCGCCAUGACGAGCUUCGACGCUGCUGCUUUGCCCUCGUCAACUGGUCACCACCACCACCAUCACCACCAUCUUCACCACCACCACCAUCUUCACCACCACCACCAUCUUCACCACCACCACUACAACGCCGACCGGCGAUGGAACCGGCACGGGGUUAUUCCACUUCCACCGUCAGCGGCUGGCGAGGGUGACGAGGCGAUCGAUCCGCGGUACGGGGUGCAGAAGAGGCUGGUGCCUUCAGGCCCGAACCCCUUGCAUCACUGA